AAUGAAGAAGAUAUUAAGGAACUUAGCUUGAAGGUAAUUGCUACAAUAUGGUACGAUAUAUGUAUGCUAUUAGACUGCAGAGAUUAGGCAAGCAUUAAAUUGCUUCUAUGGUGAAAAAAAUAAUAUGCAGUAGUUGGGAAUUUAUAUUCCACAGUAUGUGUGUUUGACUUAUUUGUUUGUCUAAUUUGCAUAUUUCUAAAUUAAUUAUAGCACGAACAAGAUAAAUUGAAGGUAACUAGUAAUUUUGGUAUUGCAUGUAUGGUGACACUCUGCUUGUGAUUUACUGACUUUCCACUGUAUUGAAUCUAUUUUACAUCUGUUUGACUUUAUACUUUAAUUUUAAUUUUCUUAAUAGCAUGAAGAAGAUAUUAAGGAACUUAAAUUGAAGGUAAUUGCUACAAUAUGGUACAAUAUAUGUAUGCUAUUAGGCUGCUGAGGUUAGGUAGCCAUUAAAAUGCUUCUAUGGUGAAAAAAUUAAUACAGUUGGGAAUUUAUAUUCCACGGUAUGUGUGUUUGACUUAUUUGUUUGUCUAAUUUGCAUAUUUCUGAAUUAAUUAUAGCAUGAACAAGAUAAAUUGAAGGUAAUUAGUAAUUUUGACAUUGCUUCUAUGGUAACAAUAUGCUUGUGAUUUAUAUUCUAGUAUUCUACUGUAUUGAAUCUAUUUUACAUCUGUUUCACUUUAUAUUUUAAUUAAUAGCAUGAAGAAGAUACUGAGGAACUUAAAUUAAAAGUAAUUGCUACAAUGUGACCAGUACGAUAUAUGUAUGCUUUUAGGCUGCAGAAAUUAGGCAGCCAUUUGAACGACGCUACCUUCACAGUCUAAGAGGCUACAAUAUGCGCUUUACAAAUUUUGAAUUAAGAAUUCUGGAGUUACAGAUCAACUCCAAAGUGGAGUGGAGCUAAUUAACUAUCAUCUAAACUUGUUGUAAAUUAAUGGCUAUCAACCCCGGGGAUAGUCAGAAAGUAGUGCUGAAUUAAUUGAGCCAAAUUCAAAAGCUAUUGGGGCUGGAUCUGCCUGAGUCAUACAUCAUUUGGAGUUUGAUUUCAGGAUCCAUUUUCGUUUUCAGAACUAGAUUUGGUUUUGCUUGGUGGACUCUAGACUUCCCUAGACUAUCCCGGCCAUUAUUACCUCCUUUCAAAGAUUGGCUACCUGCAAAAAAAAUAAAAUCUACAAACAUAUUACAGUAUAAAACAUAUUACAUAUUUACAUUAUACAGUAAUCGAGAUAUUUGCUCAUGCCUAUAUACAGUACAUGUACACAUACACUGAUACACAUACAGUACAACAAAUUUUUGUUUACAUGUUAAGUGCGACUUAUUGAAAUUAAUAUUCUUACCAUAAAAUUUAAUGUUGCAGUAUGAAAAUGAGUUGAAGGCUGUCAAGUCAAAGGUAAUCAUUUUAAGUUUUAUUCAAAAGUAAAUAUCUGUAAUUAUGUUUUUAAGCCUUAGCAUUUUUCACCCCUAAUUCAGCUGUGCUUUACGUAAUGCCUGAUUAUUGGUCCGAAACCAUGUUUUAGAUGAGGUAUACACUAUGUCAGAGUGUAUAAGUGCUCUAAGCAUAUCCAGCGGAUGGCAAAUGAUCUAAUUUAAUUGCUCUAGCACGAUGAAGAUGUGAAGCUUCUUGGGCAAAAAAUCGAAGUGUUACAGGCCACUGGAGCUGCGCAUGCUCCGCCGGCAACGCAGUUCCCGCAACGACCUCAACAAGAACCUGAACCAGAUUACACUUGGAAGAUAGCAAACUUUACAAGAAAGCUUGCUCAAGCAAAAUCUGACCAUGACAGUGGCAUAAUUCAAAGUGGACCUUUUUUCUCACGUCAUGGUUACAAAAUGAAGCUUCAGGUCCAAUUAAAUGAAUCGCCAUCUGGUUAUGCAGGCUACACGGGUGUUUACUUAAUAUUGAUGAAAAGUGAUCGAGAUGGAGCUUUACAGUGGCCUUUCACAAAGCGUUUCACAGUUAUUCUUGUUGAUCAACAAGAUGACCUUAGCCAAAGACAAAACAUUAAGGUCGCAAUAGUUACAGUAGGAGAGAACACUUUCCAAAGACCUAGAGAGCACAAAAAUACCGGUGGGGGAUAUCGUCAGUUUGUUAAACACUCCACUCUACGUACUCGUCAAUACAUUAGAGACGAUGCUGUAUACAUCAAGAUCAUGGUAGAUCCAUGAAAAAUAUAACCAUAAUUAUAUUUGGCGUGGGUGAUUACCUACUGUAGUAGUACUCUAUAUAAUCUAGACAUUCGCGUGCUUAAAAUAGUUUGCAUUUGGGAGCACAGUAAUUGGCCAAAAGCUGUUGUAAUUCCCGGUCACAAUUUGUAAUGUUAUAUAUUUUAUUAUUAGUAUUUUGUUAUGUAAUUUAAAGGUUGUGACAAAGCUUCUAAAAUUAAAAAAUUAAAUAGUCCUGGUAUUCGUCUGAAUAUAGUAUUGUGCAGACACCUAUUUUCAGCUCCGGCUGCAUGGUUCACAAGACAGGGGAUACAAUCUAUAACCGAGUAAUAAAUAGUUACUAGGUGAGGUUUUUGUGAUGUCAAAAGUUAUUAAGGUUGAGGUAAGUGUUAUCUCGAAAGUGAUUGAUAACACUUCCCGAGACCUUGAUCAAAUCGAAUUCGAUGUUUAUUAUACAUUGCAUUUUCAUUGAUUACUCUUUCGACAAGCAAUGACUAGAAGUUUGUCGCACGAAUUAACCAACGUUUGGUUCUCAAAAAAAGCAGUAAAAACGAUUUAAAAUAUCACAAUAACAUGCAGCAUAAAAUAUUAUAAAUCUCAUUUGCCCUCUAAAGUUCCGAUAAAAAUGUCAAAAAGGUCGGCUUUUUUCUUGUUUUUACUUGUGCAUUUAACUGCCGCUUGCUAUAAAAUUACACACCUUAGCUUUUCUUUUUGUUGUUGCUCAUAUUUCAGUGUGAAAACGACUUGAAGCAAGUCCAGGUAAAGGUAAGUUAAGUUUUUUUCCAGUUAGGAUAUUGAUUUUACCACAACUUCAUAUAUUGUAGUAAUUAUAAAAUUACAAACCUUUUCUUUUUCAUUGUUGCUUAUAUUUAGUGUGAAAACGACGUGAAGCAAGUCCAAUCAAAG